UCUUUGCGGAAGUGUUACCACUAAGAAUCAAAGAGACGGACUAUACGAGGACGAAGGUCAACCGCCUCUUACAGAAGUACUCGGCGAAAGAACGGACUUUCAGGAACAAAUUUGAGUUAACAUCCUCUCACGGUGAAGUUUUGCCCCAGGACAAUGACCAGCAUAUCAACAACACCACCGAACCAACGAACAACACCGACGAACCGACAAACAACACCUCUCCAUCCAUGGCAUCAAAGAAUACCAUGUCUACUAGAUCCAAAACUCCCACGCACCGUCGCUCUUUCUGAAACUGAGAUGUUGGAGCGAGCGAAGAAGAGGACGAAAAUUGCAGGAGAAACUAUGGCAACGCUGUCCUCCAUAAUUCCUCCCAAGGUUCCUAGAACAGCUACGCUUGUGGAUGCUCCAAAAUCGGCUAGGACGCCGUUCCAAGAAGGUGAAACGUUCAUCAUCACGCUUCCCAAGAACUUCUGCGAAAUUACUACGCCAACAAUCUUCCCUGUUGCGAAGAAGCUUGUGUUCUCGGCACCACAACGCCGUCUGGCCAGUUUGCCCUUCACCAGCGUAGCGAGCGAAGGGCUAGCCCUGCAAAUCCAUUUUAGCGUCUAGCACACUUAAAUAUUAGCCGAAAAUUAGUACCUUUACUGACGGCGUUAAUACUUUCAAGUUGUUCAAAACUCCCUUGCUCUUCGCAAUGUUGUUGUUACUCUGGAGAAAGAGUGCGAAACUCUUCGUGACAAACUGGAAAGGUCCAUAGUUACAUAAAGGACAGCACAAACUAAGCUGAAGCACCUCACAGCAGAGGUGGCAAAAGAGAAGGAGUUGUUUGUUGAGCAGGCAACAGAAUUGUCGGCGUUGAAGGAAGAAAUGGAGUCGACGGUGGCUGGGCAGUGUGAAGAGCUUGUGGAAGCCUCCAGCCACUACACUUGGAAAACCAAGGCUCGCACAAAGAAGCAGUAUAUUGAAGGACAGGCGUCAUCGUGGACUCCGAAGGCUGACGUCGGGCAAUUUCUGGAAGUUUUCGGCACUCCUGAAGAUAUGCUUUCAGACGGCAUCAGCGAAAUCGAUGUAGCUACUAUUGCUGACUCCGGCAUCAACGACGUUGGCACUGAUAAUGCUUGAACAAUUUUAAUUCCUGCAAGGUGUUGUGACACCUAUUAAAACAUUGUUAAUUUGUAGUUUGUUUUGGGGUGUCGUGUCACCAAGUUUUGUUUUUUGUUGUGUGUUGGUGUUGGAGCACCUGUUUGAAACACUUAUCUC